AUGCAGUACUUGGCCAACUACACGAUGCCUGCAGGCUCUGAUGAGCAGCUCUUCUUGUUCUUCACGUGCGGAGACGAACAGGGGCAGCAAACGACAUGGCGCCGAGUCUGUGUGGACGCGUCGAAGCUAGUAUACGACGUAUUUGCCAAGUCUCCGUCGCGCAACAGACUGGUGACGAUCCACGCAGGCUCCAAAGAAGACUGGUCGACACCGAACGCGUUCUUCAAAGACGGCGACUUGAAGGUGAAGAUGAUUCCUGCAAUUAUGCAGUGGCACGGUGGUCGUCCCGGAGCGAAGCGCGCUACUUCUGGGAUGAUUAUCGAAGAGAGCAUGCUGUACGAGCCGUUGCUGCGCUACCUGUUCAAGAAUGAGGACACUCCGGACCCGCUAUUGGCACCGGACAAAAUCGCUUCGAAGGAGAUCGUCUUGCUGAACGGGUACAAGAGCUACAGGCAGUACAUCGAUACCAUAGCGGCUGGCGAGAAUCUAUCGCUGACGUACCCCCAAGGACCGAUGUUCCUCUUGCUCGUCGCAGGUAGACUGGACACCAACGACCGUCUCUGGUGUCCGUACUGCCGCUACUCUGAGAUUUCCAUGGAGUACGCAUUCUACGCCUUUGCCCCACCAGGCUCUCGGCUGGUGAAGGUCGAGACGGUGAACUCGUACGGGAUGUGGAAAAACCCUGCGAACGAGUGGAAGCAGGACACGGCGUUGAAGGUGCGAGGAGUGCCGUGGUUGUACCGAGCUACAUUGGACUCAGAAACACACACCUUCAGCUUCGAGCGGUACUACGAGCGCUUUGACAUCCCCGACGCGAUGCGAGGUGUGUUCCAGGGCUGGAAGAACCCGCUCUGA